UAUAAUUUCAGUGCUAGGCAAAUGCACACUAGACCAUACACAUGCUCACUGUCUUCCUUCUCAGGCUCAGAUUGAGACAGGAAGCAGAGAGUUAUCUUCUCGCGUUUUCCACUCACAAACGUAAACAACAAAUGUUGGCUUUUCCAAUUUAGAAACCGGACAAUAAUUCAGUUAAAGGAAUCGAGAGAUGCAUGUGCCAUAUAUUUGCACGCAGAAACACAAGGCCGACUGAGAGUCUGAUAUUCUAUACCUCCACUGGCGUACUUGUUAGCUUGAAUUUGCGCAGGAUAUCGAUCAAUUACCAGCUCUGGUACCGUGUUAGUAGCUAGGAAUUGAUUUUUUGGAAUUUACAGGAAGAUGGAGCUAUUAUUUUAGCUGGUUUUCAGUGUACAGUUCUCAUAUUUUGCAUUGUACCUUUGAUAGAAAUCAUUUAAAAUACAACAGAUUGGAGAAGCAGUGUCGGUGCGUGCGCAAUGGAAUUCCUAGAUCUGUUCAUUGUUGCGUUGAUGCCAGUUCUGAAAACGCUCCUCAUCACUGCCAUUGGAUUACUGCUUGCAAUAGAUCGGAUAGGUCUUUUGGGCCCAGAAGGAAGGCAUCAUUUGAACAAUAUUGUAUUUUUUGUGUUCACUCCUGCACUCAUGGUUAGCAACUUGUCUGAAACUAUUACUUUCAGCAGCAUGGUUACAUUGUGGUUCAUGCCAGUGAAUAUCCUUCUCACCUUUAUUAUUGGCUCAGUUCUUGCAUGGAUACUUGUCAAAAUCACCAGAACUCCUAAACAUCUGCAUGGCCUUGUAAUCGGUUGCUGUUCCGCAGGAAAUUUGGGAAACUUGCUUCUCAUUAUUGUUCCAGCAGUCUGUGAUGAAACAAACAGUCCAUUUGGGGAUUCAUCCACCUGCUCGACAUAUGGAGAAGCUUAUGCUUCACUUUCUAUGGCGGUUGGAGCAAUUUAUAUAUGGUCUUAUGUGUAUAUGAUAAUGCGGGUAUAUGCAAAUAAUAGCAUAAAAUAUGUCAAUACACAUGACUCCACAAUCAGCAUAACGUUGUCUGGCGAAAGUGCAGAAACAUUUCCAGAGACUUGCACAGAAUCACUGCUUCCUUCAAGGGAUUGUCCAAGCUCUGAUGACCAUUCAGAUCAAGUUGAACUGACUCAUACUACAUCUGAGGGGAAAGUAAAGGUGACUGUUCUGAAUCAGAUUAUUCAGUGCAUCAAGAUGUCUGCAGGACAGAUCAAUCUGAAGAUGUUGUUCGCACCAUCUACCAUUGGAGUGAUUGCAGGGUUUAUCAUCGGAAUAAUUUCUCCAAUUCGAAAGCUAAUGAUUGGUGAUAGUGCUCCUCUUCGUGUGAUCAUUAGUUCUGCAUCUUUGCUGGGGGAGGCAACAAUUCCAUCUAUGACUUUGAUAGUGGGAGCAAACCUGCUUAAGGGUUUAAGAAGAUCAGAAGUAGGCGUGUUACUCGUUGUAGGUGUUAUAGUAGUCCGGUAUAUUAUAAUGCCGCUCUUGGGUGUUGUUAUUGUGAAAGCUGCACACAGUUGGGGCAUGGUGGGAUCAAGUUCAUUAUAUCAAUUUAUUCUAAUGCUUCAGUAUGCACUUCCACCUGCAAUGAGUGUAGGAACGAUUACUCAGUUGUUUGAGGCUGGUGAGAGUGAAUGUUCUGUUAUCAUGCUAUGGACAUAUGCUGUGGCUUCAUUCUCUCUUACACUGUGGUCAACCUUCUACAUGUGGAUUGUCUCAUAAUUUAUAUUCUUCUAGAUUUGUUUUAAAUAACCUUGUGUCAUUCCAUGGUCAUACCACCACAAGGCUAUAUAGCAUAUAUGUAAUUUUAGUUCCAAAAGGUGAGGUUUGCCUUUUUUUUUAAUUUUUUUUUAAUUUUUUUAUAUUCUUUGUUGGACAAGAAUUCCCCCAUUUUGAGUGUGAUGUUUACAGUUUGAUUA